AUGAUAUUUCAGGCCUCAAGGUUCAGCGCCUCGGGACGUAAAGUGCCCCUCGAGCCCCGCCGAAGCGAAACAUGCCGCUCACACAAACCCCACAGACGCAGUAGUGGAGUGGUCCAGCAACACAACGGUGCCCUUCCCACUCACAGUGCACACACACAAAAUGACAGUCCCACACGCCCAUAUCAGAGAGGCACUAUGGCAUUCCCUAAAAUGUACACCAAGUCACACACCUACAAAGGGGAAAAGAAAAACACAAGAAAAGAACAACAACAACAGGAUACCAACAGUACACAAAGCACUCACAGUACAAUAAUCACAGCUGCCACUCUCAUCAGAGAAAAACAUUCACCCACACCAGCACACUCAGAAAAAAACAGACCCAUCACGUGA